AUGCAUUUGAGGCUAAUUUUUCUCUUUUCCACGUUUAUCUCAGUGUUGAAAGGAGAUGAGCUCCCGCUAGCACCAUACAAUGUCAAACUUUUCUGUCGAACGGGUGAACGAAAUGUUUCAACGAAAGGUUUAAGUCCGCCAAUUGAAUGCCCAUCAUCGUCAUCAUCUUGUGGAUAUCUUGAAUUCGAAACGAAAGAUCCACGAUUCUCGAAAAAUGCUGGAAAGGUCGGACUUUUCGAGUGUGUUGAUUCAGGGAUUCUGCACCAGGAAAACGAUGAAUACGAUGAUGAUAAAGAAACAGAGAGUAUUUUUGGAGAGAUUUGUGGUCCAAUUCCGCGCUGUUCGCUUCUCCAUUUGCGAGCGUUUAACCCAAAUUUUCUCAAAUACGUGAUCGCAUCGCAAAACAUUCAACUAAAGAUGAUUGCCAAGCCGACAGUGAAAUUCUGUUGUGCUCUUUAUCAUUCAACGUUGAGUCGACUUGUCAAUUCAGGAAAUGAUCAACUUCCUUCAAUCACAGCUCCAGCAGUGCAUUGCGGUGAUUUAGAGUGUGGACAAGGGGCAAUUGGAUGCCUUCUUCAUUCAAGAUACGGCAAAAAAGGGGAAUUUGAUGGAAAACGAGAGCGAUUGGCGAAAGAAAAAAUGGAAAUGGAGAAAGACGAGGAAUCUUUUGAGGAAUAUGAGGUGGAUGAGGAGGAAUUGGUGAUCCCAUCUGGCUCACAGAGUCGCCUCUUCACUAACAGAGUGAUCACUGGAUCAAGAAAAAGACGAGCUGUGCAAGAUGACUAUGAGGAUCAAAUUAAAGCUGUUGAGAUUUCAUUUGGUGAAGAUGAGGAUACGUAUUUGAAAGGAAUGGAUGUGAUUGAGAGUGGAGGACCGGGUCCCAGAUCAACUGCUUUACCCUAUACGUCGAUUGAAUCGCUCGAGGAUGAGAAUGAAAAUGACGGGACGCAUCAUUGCGUUUAUCGCCAUUUAAACGAUGAGCGUUAUCGGUAUUGCUUGUUGAUUCACUCAGAGAAAGACGGUGAUCGAUGCUACGAGCACAAAGGGCACUCGAUUUGUUGCUGUUUUGUGCCGCCUGACCAGAACACAUGUGAUCCAACGGAUUUGGACCUAGUUGUGCCGGCUCCAUCACUUGCGCCGAAGAAGAGGAUUACGACUACCUUUGCGACCACUAUCAAAUCGGAUAUUGAAUUGAAAGAGACAGCAAAGAGUGAUGAAGGCUUUCUUGAGACACUCACAACAACCACAACAACCACAACCACAUCACCACCACCAAGAGAACAAAUCCCUGCAACAGAAGAUCCGAUCUUGGUCACGACUACAUUAUCCACGACAAUGAUGACAAAAAAGAGGAAAGGACGACCGAGGAUCACUGUUAAAGCACCGUCGACAAGUCCAAACUUGAGAAAUGGUUGCCGAAUCGUUUACCCAGGUCCUCGAAGAAAUGAUGGUAUACACAUUUGGACGAGGGUGGAGCGUUUGCGCCGUCAGGAUCCGGCGGGAAAACGCACGUUUAUUCCUUCCCCCUUCGGCCACAAACUUAGCUUCGCCCGACUCGCACAUCAAUUGGAGAGCCCCAUCGUCGAGACUUUGAAUGGAUGGCGUUUUAUCUGCAAGGUGGCCAAAGCCAUGUGUGAGCCUCUCAGGCUCACCAUGGCCGAGGCUGUAGCCGAGCAGCGUGAUCGCCUGGAAGCAUGCAAGGAGCAGCUCGAGGAAAUCCUCAGCAGCGACGAGUUUUGGGCCGACUGUGAGACUUGGUUUGAGGACGGUGACGGCGGUUACAUCCUCAACGUGCUUCACGCCCAAGUGACAAUGAUGGAGGCUAAGAUGGCAAGCCGUAAAGUUGGUUAUGAUCAAGUCGAGCGGCCAGUAGCUGAUCAUAGCGAUGCAGUGAAUGUAUCGAUUCGAAUUCUCCUUCAACAACUUGUUGAUGUUGAUGAGAGAAAUCAAGUUGUAACGCUUGUCAUUUGGACACAAAUGACUUGGUACGAUUACAAGAUGAAAUGGGAUCCGAAAGAGUAUGGAAAUAUUACAAAGUUACAGCUUCCGUCUGGCAGCUUGUGGAAGCCAGAUGUGCUCUUGUUUAAUACAGCCGACGAGCACUUCGAUGCCUCGUUUCCUGUGAAUAUGGCUGUCAGCUCGAAUGGAGAAGUCCUAAUGGCUCCACCAAGUGUUGUUCGAAUGAGUUGCACCUUUGAUCUCACCUAUUUCCCAUUUGAUGAUCAAGUUUGCUAUUUGAAGUACGGUUCUUGGACAUACACAGGUCGACAAGUGGAUCUAACGAUCGACAACAGUGGGUUAACCGAUAAACAUCAAAUGGAUUUGCUUUAUUAUGUGCCAAAUGGGGAAUGGGAGUUGUUGGCUACACCAGCAGAGCGUGUUGCAAACGAGUUUCAUGGGGAAAAGUACGUUGAGCUCUACUUUCGAUUCCAUAUUAAAAGGCGCACUUUGUAUUAUGGCUUGAAUUGGGUGGUGCCAUCAGUGUUGAUCUCUUUAUCGAAUGUUCUUGGUUUCACUUUGCCCACCGAGUGUGGCGAGAAGUUGACAUUACAGAUCACAAAUCUCUUGGCAGUGUUGGUGUUUUUGGGAAUGGUGAGCGAGAUCAUUCCUCCAUCAUCGGAGUCGAUCCCGGUUGUAGUUGCUUUCUUCUCGGCUUCUCUGCUCCUCCUCGGUUUAUCAGCUAUUUGCACAGUCCUCAUCAUCAAUGUGCACUUUAGAAACCCAAAAACGCACAAACUAAGCAAUACAAUGCGAAACCUGUUUUUGGAGUGGUUACCUUGGCUACUUUUGAUGACAAGACCGGGGAAAACUUUUGCGAAACCACGAAAGUAUAAAACGGUGAUUGAUUCAAAUUUCCCAGAGGGAAGUUUUCUCAGUGGAGAGUUUUCAAUGCAAAAAUCUUCAUUCAUGAACGAAUCGGAUCGAGAUGACGAAUGGAGAGAAAGAGGGAACGUAAAUGAGAUUGUAGAGAAGAGGAAUUUUUCAACUCAACGACCUCGUCUACUAUCAAUUGAAAGAGAUUAUGCCCCGUUGCAAGCAGAAUUGAGAGAAAUUAUCAUCUUAAUGCAAUCGUUUAAGGAAAAGCUGGACGAGGACGCAGUGGAAGAGGAGUGUCAAGCCGACUACAAGUACAUUGCGAUGUGCUUGGAUCGAAUGUUCCUUUUCGUUUUCUCGGCCGCCUACCUCUCGACGGUGACGGCGAUGUUGAUCGCGACGCCGAGAGUGCUCUCAACGAGUGCA